GUGGGCGUGGCUUUUGCUGGCCAAUGGGCGAGCGCGGCGCAGGGAACAGGCUGAGGGCGAAGGACCUGCCAGCCGCAAGGACGUCGCACGCCAUCAAUGGUGAUGUUUGGAAAAAUUUCGAGGCAGCUCUGCAGCUUAAAGAAAAUCCCAUGGUCAUGUGACUCCAGAUACUUCUGGGAAUGGUUGAAUACAGUGUUUAAUAAAGUAGAUUAUGAACGCAUCAGGGAUGUUGGCCCUGACAGGGCAGCGUCUGAGUGGCUGCUUCGGUGUGGGGCCAAAGUGCGCUACUGCGGCCAACAGAAGUGGCUGCACGACUACAACACCCUCCCCGGGGGCUCUGCGGGCAGAUACAAGAUUCAAGCAAUUGAUGCCACCGAUUCCUGCAUCAUGGCCAUUGGAUUGGCUCACAUGGAGGGCCUAGAGCAUGUUGAGAAAAUAACCCUGUGCAAGUGUCAUUACAUCGAAGAUAACUGUUUGCAGAGGCUUAGUCAACUUGAAAAAUUACAAAAAAGCCUAUUGGAAAUGGAAAUAAUCUCCUGUGGGAAUGUCACAGACAACGGUAUCAUUGCUUUGCGACACUUUAGGAACCUCAGGUGUUUGUUCUUAAGUGACCUUCCUGGAGUAAAAGACAAGGAAAACCUUAUCCAAGUCUUCAAGACAGCACUGCCUUCUCUAGAACUGAAGCUAAAUCUGAAGUAAAAUAAGUGUCUGAUUUCACUAUGAAGGGCCACUUGAAAUUGCUCGCAGUAAAUAGCUACAAAUAGUACCUAUCACAAUAGAACA